GACAUGUCUAGCGUGUCUUGAGAGGGCGGCGAGGGGCUGCUCAUAUCCUCUCGCGGCCUACAACCCCCACCUAUCUUUAUGCGUUGGCCGGAAUGGGAUCAAAUGUAAAUAUAAUCCCUCUAACAUAUUUUUUGAGCCGCUAUGGCUCUUCAGACAAGUGGACAAUUUCUCCUUUUAUUGUUUUGCGUGUUGAACAGAGGAAACGCAGAUGAUGAGUUAGAGAUUUUCGACGUGCUUUCGGUCGUGCGAGAAAGAGGGCUUCCCGAUGGAAUAUCACGGACUCCAGGCCGCUGUCAAUCUCCAAUAACACCUGCCGAUGAAUAUUCAGCGUACAGCCUAAACGAAAAUGCUACACUGCAUCAACUUGCUGCUGGAAUGUUCUAUAACACAUUCCCAGAAGAUUUCUCGAUUCUCACGGUUGUGCGAUUGCCAGGAACAGAACAAAAUCCCAUAUUCGUAUUAUAUUCCGAUGCUGGUGAUGAGCAAUUGCAGCUUGUAGUGGGAGAACUUAUAGAAUUAUACUAUGAAGACACCCGAGGGGACCCGCCUGACCAUGAACUCCUCACAUUUCAUGUUAAUAUCGCCGACGGAAUAUGGCAUCGAUUGGGACUCAGCAUAAAAGGAGACUCAGUGACUUUACUAGUCGACUGUAAUAUUAAAGAAACACUGCCUCUAAACCGCAAACCAGGAAGUACAUUCAACUUGGCCGGGGCACUGGUCGUCGGCACCCAGGUCACGCCUGAUCAGUUUUACGAAGGAGACAUCGAAUUGCUUCAAUUUACGAAUAAACCAGAUACAGCCUAUGAUAUGUGUACGUCGAUAGCUCCUGACUGUGUUGGAUAUGAUUCUUACAAUACACUUUCAAUAACUCACAAUACCAGAAGACCCGUCACACCAAAAGACAAUUUGGAUUUAUCAGAGGAAUAUACAGAUUACGACUUGGACACAGACACUUCUACUGCUCAUCCAAAUCAGAACACACUAAGUGCAGAUGAACACGGUAAUAGGCAAUAUGGACAUUUCGGUAGAAGAAGAUUCUUUAUGGAGCGCAAUCGAUCUGAUAGUCACUGGGAGGCUGCUUCCGAUUUGACAACAGCGAGACCUCAGUGGCAAAUCGCAAAUGCUUUCGGUGUAACUGGACCAUAUCUGCCCUUAACUGAUUCAGAUGAAAACAGCAUCUUCGGCCGGUUUACAGACGAAAGUGAGUUGGCGCCGUCACCCCCGAGUGUGGUGUUCUCCACUCGUCCAGAACAAUUGGAAGUCACUACGUCUAGAUUGAAAAGAGGGGACGACGACGAAACGGAAACGGGUCUUGUUACUACCGAGGCAUCCUAUAGUCCGAUGACAACGACGGAAGACGACGAAUGGCUCACACACCCUCCUGAUUACGGUCAAGGAAAUUCUUCAAUUGGAUACGACUCUGAAACAUAUUACGAUUAUGGAAGCACGGGAACCUAUAUGGGACCUCGAGGGUAUCCUGGUCCACCUGGCCCCCAAGGACCCAGAGGACCCAAGGGAGAACCCGGAAAACUCGGAACUGAAGGUCAGCAAGGUUUCCCAGGUCCACCUGGACACGUUUUUGUUGUUCCGUUACAUCAAUCUGGAAAUGAGAAAGGACCUGAUGCCCAAUCAGAAGCACUACGUCAGAUGUUAACACAACACAUGGCAGCAAUGCGAGGAGCCGAAGGACCAAUGGGUUUAAGCGGUCCACCUGGACCAGAGGGAGAAACUGGUCCAGAAGGUCCUAAAGGAGAACAAGGAGAACAAGGCGAACCAGGUCCACCUGGUCCGCGUGGAUUACAAGGACCUCCCGGAAGGCUAGGUCGUCGUGGACAUGCAGGUAGAGACGGGGAGCGUGGGUCUACAGGAGCGACAGGUUCCAAAGGUGAACAAGGCUAUCCAGGUCUACCCGGCAUACCCGGUGAUAAAGGCGAGCGAGGAUCUCCAGGCUUACAAGGAGAAGCAGGAGUAUCAGGACAAGAUGGACCACCAGGCGAUGAUGGACCUUCAGGACCUCCAGGAGUCUCUGGAGAACUAGGUCCACGAGGUUUUAUGGGACCCAGAGGAUUUCCAGGCCUUAUAGGCUAUCCCGGAUUACCUGGCGUAGAAGGACCACAAGGAACUAAAGGUACUGCAGGACAACCUGGACCUCCGGGGCCGCAGGGGCAUCCAGGGCAAAUGGGUCCAGCCGGUUCACCAGGGCCACAAGGACCUAUUGGAACCCCUGGAAUUCAGGGUCCACAGGGUAAACCGGGAAUGUCAGGACUACCUGGACCUGAGGGUUCUCCGGGAACUCCGGGUAAUCCUGGACAACAAGGGCCACCUGGUGACGUUGGACCACAAGGAGCACAAGGAAUGUUGGGUUUUCCUGGAAAUCGUGGACUAAAAGGAGACAUUGGACUUAGGGGUUUACCAGGAGAUAAAGGAGACAAAGGAAUUAGAGGAGUUGACGGAGAAAAAGGUGAUAUUGGGCCAAAAGGAGAACGUGGUCAAAUAGGAGAAUCUGGACCUCCAGGAAUCGAAGGACUUGAAGGACAAAAGGGUUCUGAAGGCCCAAGAGGAGAAACUGGACCAUCAGGUCCAACAGGUGAGAAAGGUGCCUCUGGACCACAGGGCCCACAAGGAUAUCCAGGUAGUCAAGGCGAGAAAGGUGAUAAAGGUGCAUCUGGAAGACGGGGUAGAAGAGGCGCCAAAGGAGUUAUGGGCAUGAUUGGUACUCCUGGAGAUCGUGGAGAAAGUGGACCUAGGGGCUAUAGAGGACCACGCGGGCGUCGUGGUUCUGAUGGUGCUCCAGGCCCUAAAGGAGAUACAGGACAACCGGGCCCCCCAGGGUCAGUAGGAGAACGGGGUCCACAGGGUUUAGAAGGUGUCCGUGGUUUUCCAGGAACAAUUGGACCUCCAGGGCCUGAAGGAAAACCGGGGUUACCUGGACCACUUGGGGAACGUGGACCUACGGGAGAGCCAGGUGCAGUUGGACAACAAGGCCCUAUAGGUGCUAUAGGUCCACAAGGACCUAUUGGAGAACCAGGACCACAAGGUCCUCCAGGCUCAUCGGGCAUACCUGGUACACCAGGCGAUGUAGGAGCACCAGGCGAAACAGGGAAAGAAGGCCCACCAGGGCCACCUGGACCUGAGGGCAAACCGGGACCUAUCGGGUCAUCAGGACCACCAGGUCAACCAGGAGAAUCGGGCUUACCAGGUGUAACCGGACCACCUGGAACAAAAGGCGAUAUUGGCCCUCCAGGACCACCUGGAAUACGUGGAGAUAAAGGAGAACCAGGUGAAGCAGGUCAUGAAGGACUUCAAGGACCUCAAGGUCGCGAAGGUCCUAGAGGAUCACCAGGACCAGGAGGUCAAAAAGGAGAAAUAGGAGAACCGGGUCCAGUCGGCGCCAUUGGUCGAGAUGGACUUCCUGGUCCACGCGGACUAGCUGGAGCUCCGGGUCCUAUUGGAUCUCCAGGUGAAGAUGGAGAUAAAGGUGAAGCGGGACCACCAGGAGAAAAGGGCUUUAAAGGAGCCACCGGUGAACUUGGACCUCAGGGUUCGUCAGGUAUACAAGGUUUAAGAGGAGAAUCUGGUCCUAUUGGACUGCCUGGAGAUAAAGGUCCUCAAGGUGAACCAGGACCUCCGGGCCUACAAGGUGCCGAUGGAGUUCGUGGACCGCUUGGCCCACCAGGACCUACCGGGCCUCAAGGAGAAAAAGGUCAACAAGGCAUCAAAGGAGAUACAGGAGAUAUUGGGCCUAUGGGACCCACUGGUCCAGUUGGUCCUAACGGACUACCCGGUAGGCGUGGACCUAAGGGCAUACAAGGCGAACCAGGUCCUCGAGGAGCAGAGGGUCAACAUGGAGAUGUAGGCAAUCCGGGUCCAACUGGACAGCCAGGGCCCCAAGGACCCGAAGGGAAAUUGGGACCCAGAGGACCCGUUGGACCUAAGGGAGAAGAUGGUCCACCAGGUCUACAAGGAGAGCCAGGACCAAAAGGGCAUCCAGGCCCAGAAGGACCUAAAGGCGACACAGGACCUCUAGGAUUACCAGGAGAAAGGGGAGAAACUGGGCCUCAAGGUAUUAAAGGUGAACCAGGAACAGAUGGUCCAGAAGGUAGCACAGGCCCUCCUGGACCACCAGGAUCUACGGGACCACCUGGGAAACCGGGUGAAACUGGAGUACCCGGAAAUCCGGGAUCCGAAGGACCAGCUGGUACCCAAGGUAGCACCGGUACACCUGGUGAAAAAGGAGAUAUAGGACCAAAAGGUGCUGUUGGCGAGCCUGGUCCCGUAGGGCCUAUUGGUCCUCCAGGCGAAGAAGGACAGCGUGGCGUACGGGGAAUUCCGGGACCCAAUGGUGAUGUGGGAGCUCCAGGUGUGGUUGGUCCUUCUGGUCCACCUGGAAAAUUGGGACCAGUAGGAGCACCAGGACCCAGGGGCGAAAAGGGGAACAGAGGACCUAAAGGACACAUUGGGGAUACCGGUCCAAUGGGAUUAAAAGGUGAUCAAGGUGAAAUAGGAAAACAGGGACCUCCUGGACCAGUGGGGCCAAUUGGACUUAAAGGCGAUACGGGUCCUGUCGGACCACCAGGCCCAAAAGGAGAUACUGGACCAAUUGGUCUCUCUGGGCCCGAAGGUCCCGUAGGACCUAAAGGAAAUACUGGUCCAGAGGGAAGACUUGGCCAUCCUGGGCCACCAGGUUUACCUGGACCACCAGGAUUACCUGCACCUCCUCCUCAACUACCAGCUGAGUUAUUUAGUUCUCGACGUCGACGGAGUAUUAACACGGACUCUUAUGAUUCUACAACAGAGGAUACUUUCGAAGAUGAAGAAAUAGAGUGGGUGCAAGAAAUAAUGAACGGAGUAAUAGCGGCCCGCGCGGAACUCGAUGCAGCACGCAGACCACGCGGCUCGCGCAUUAAUCCCGGACUCUCUUGCCGUGAUUUGCGCAGUACACAUGUCAAUUUAACUGACGGGUAUUACUGGAUUGAUGCACGUGGCGGUGGACGACCACUUCGAGUCUUCUGCCAGGGAGACAAUACUUGUGUGCAACCUGACAUUGCAGAACAGGCGACUUACACGACAGAUGGCAACUCAAUUAAGUUCUCUAAACUUGAUAAUGGAUAUCGGAUAACGUAUGACAACGAAGGCUCUGGCGCGGUACAAUUGCGUUUCUUGAGAUUAUUAUCGAGUGAAGUUCGUCAGAACUUCACAUACAGAUGCGUCGAUACUAAAAGUAUUCAAAGAACUGAUAUACCCUCGAAGCUGACGAGAUUGAACAAUGUUAAACUUUUCGGCUACAAUUCGGCUGAAUUCAAAGAACCGCAAAUUGUAAAGGACGAUUGCAAGUCGGGAUCUGGAGAAAUAGUUCUGCAAAUACGAACAUCGCGUAUUGAACGAUUACCUAUAAGUGACUUCCAAACACUUGGAUAUAUGGACGCAGAUCAUCAAUUCACGUUUAUAGUGGGUCCCGUGUGCUUUUCCUGAUACAGACAAAUAUACACGAUUGUAAAUAUGUAAAUGAAAUAUAUUUAUCAAUAUGUACUUACUUAGUCUCGGACCUUUGUAAAUAUUGUAAAUAAAUGUUGUCACGGCCAACGUUCUUUUUAUUACUUCCAUUCAUUUAAUCCACCUGAUAAAUAGUCAGCAUUAACAUUCCACCAACGUCAUUUUUUUAAAGGAUUAGAAUGGAAUGCUUACAAGGAGACGUAUACCUCACAAGGA